CGGGUAUCUGGUUGAUCCAAUAUUUUACGCGACUCUUAUUGUUUGUCCGGACAUCUACGUACUUUCCAAAUUCGCAUUAUAUUCGAUCAUCAAUCGUCUAUAGUAAUGUAAUUUACUGUUUGCGCGUUUAUUUUCCAUAAAUGCCGGUUAAGUGUAUCGCCCCCAUGUUGAUUUGAUAUUCAUCAUUAGGAUGAACCCAUCGUACUGUAUUAGCCGUGCCUUGGAGUCCCAUGAGUUCUGCAUUGGAGUCUCUACUACCGCCACCUUCGUACGGUGCCUUGAAUGGGAGUCACUUCAGUCGCUACCUUCGUACGGUGCCCUAAAUGGGACUUUUUAUGGAUCCUUUGGAUGAAGCAUUGGCAAUUCCUGAGAUGCCCAAAUUUAUCAAUAAGGAGCAAGUUGAGAGAUUCCGUGGUACUGGUAGAGUGCGUAUUGAGGAUGAUGUUUUGACUACUGAAAAUGGAUGUGUCAACUGGACUAAAAUACCCAGAACUGUCCACGAAAUUGAAGAUUGGAUUGCCGGUGUUGAUGAUGAUUCCAAACACGAUUGAAUGAAUUUACAACAUUUUGAAGCUGAUAUUGAUAUCAUAUUAUGUAUCUAGUGAAAUGGUAUAAAAGGGCAUUAUAUAAUUGCAUAUUAUUAUCCUGUUUUCAUGCAUGUAUUGUUAAAAAUGCUGUAUAUAUUGAGGAAUUGAGUUUGUGAUUCUACAUGUUUGAAUAAAAUUGUUGUUUUAUAUUUUUGACUAUAAA